AUGUCGUGGAAAAUCGUUGCUGUGCCAUUUGCCCUGCUGCCGAGCACAGCCAGCCGAGAGGAGCUCGCUCCGAAGGGCGGGUGGUGGGUGAAGGCUCAAUUGCUGCUUCACCACGUCAGCCGAAAGAUCAGACUGGGCGAGUGCAUUUCGGUGUCAUUCACGUCUGAGGCUGUUAUGGAUCAGGUAAACUCCUCUGUCCUGCCACUUCUCCUGCUGCUCCGUUCCUGAGGUUGUACGUGUGCAGACCCCACAGGACAUCCUUCCAAGCCACCUGGUGAAGAAACAGCUGUGAGCUGUCUGAAGGGUGUGCCAGAGAUCGUGCUUUCCAGGGAUUCUACUUCUGUAGCGCCUGUUCAGACCUUUCCACUGAAACCGAUAGAAGUUAUGGCAAAGGACUUAAGCAGACAGUAUUGCAGCUCAAUCGAUGUCUCCAAGGGAGGACCUGGAGGCACUUGCACGUGGACUGAGAGAUGCCCUGAACAUUUCUGUGCUACAGGAUUUAGCAUAAAGGUUGCUCGAACCUUCUCCCUGUUCACACUUCAGAUUUGGGCAAUGAACAGGGAUCACCUGGUGUUCUGGAAGAAGUCGCUACCAUUCUUUCAGCUGAAAGUUGAAGCAUUGUCAGGAAUGUCACAGGAAAUUUUAAAUGACACAUCAGCAAAUGGUAUUAGAUUCUGA